AUGGCAACUUUUGAGGGGACCCCCACGUUUCAGAACCUUUUAUACAUAGUUGAUCAGUCGUUUGAAAAUAUAGCCGUUGCAUUCCGAGGCCUAGUACCGGAGCAAAAACGGUUCGAAGCCGCUUGUGCAUUGAUGGCAUUACUCGAAGAUGACGAGUUACAGGCUAAUCAACGAGUUGUUUCCCUUUACAUUCUCUACCAUUUAUAUAACGUCGUUCCUAUCCAUCAGAACCCUUUCUUAUUGCUCUUCUUAAAUCUAUACAAGAAUCUGUUCUCAAACCUACCUUUUGUUAAGUCCAAUUAUGAACUACUAGUUGAAUUUCGUGUGGAAGCAUUGAUCUUAGCUAACAAGGGCUCGCAGCUAUCAGAUAAGACCCCCACAGACAUAUUCACGCAAUUUGCAAGUACCAAUGACUCCCCUUUAAUGGAUACAGAAGAAGUGAACAUUGCGGGAUUCGAGCAUUACAUCAAACGUGAAUUUGAUGUGCGUUUACCGCAUAAAGGAGAAAGACAAAGUUCAUGGAUCGAGGUUGACGAUUUAGACGCUCGCGAAAUUUCUUAUACACCAGCGCCUCAAUCAUCAGUGGUGCAAGAAAAGCAUAUUAUUACCGUUGGGAUAGAUUCUGAAAUCGAGUGGGAUUACAACAUGAUGGCUGACUUUACAGAUCGUGAUGACAUUCGACUCUUGAUGAACAAAGCUUUACAGCGGGCAUUGUCAAUACCGGAAGAAGAGUAUGUCCUUAAGCAAUUUGAAAAGAAUUCCAAGCUAAUAUAUCAUUGUAAUUUUUCGCCGGAAAAACUUCCUUAUCUAAUUGAAAACAAUUCAAGGGUUGCUGUUGAAGCACUAUUGCAACUUAAAUCAUCUCCACAGAUUGGCAAAUAUUUGGAAGCGCUCUUGACUAUCAAUGAUCCGAAACGAUCGCAACAAUCUUCAACAGAACCGGUGAAUCGAAUGAGAUCUUCCAUGGAAGUGGUAAAUCAACUUAUUACGCCAUUUCCACUUUCCCCGGAAUUUUUACAUUCCUAUCUAUCUAAUUGCGUGCGGGCUUGUGAAGAAUGUAGAAACAGAAACAUACAGGGUCGACAAGUUCGUCUUAUCUGCGUCUUCCUCCAAUCGUUGAUUAAUAAAAAUAUAAUAGAUGUAAACAGAUUCUCCAUUGAGAUACAGGCUUUUUGCCUUCAAUUUUCACGGCAUAGAGAGGCCGCUGAAUUGUUCAGGUUCUUGUUAAAUUUACAGAGGGAUGCGAUUAGUGAAGAUGUCCUAAGUGAGGGUGCGAUUUUAAAUGGUGGUGGUGGAGAUAACAAUAAUGACACCGAUAAUAGUGGGGAGCAUGGUGCCAAUGGAGAUCUUGAAAAAUGUGAACUAUCAUAG